AUGGGUAUUUGCAACCCUAAAAGCACGAUUAAAAAAAUAGAGACCUUUGCAGCAGCAGAUCCUCCAAUGGAAUUGGUUUCUGGCUGCAGAUUUGAUAGUAAUUUUUAUUUAGACAUUCAUAAAUAUUACAAUUUGAUACGUGUAAUCGGAUAUGGACAAUUUGGAACCGUCAGAGAAGCUACCAAAAUUAUCGACACGCUAAAUCCCACCACACAGGCAGAGCAAGUUCGUUAUGCAAUCAAAUCAAUAAGUAAAGAAAAAGCUAAAGGAGAACUUAAAUUUCUAAAGCGAGAAUUAGAAAUUCUUCAAAUCGUAGAUCACCCUAAUGUUAUAAAAAUGUUCGAAGUCUUUGAAGAUACUCAAUUCAUUCAUAUUGUUAUGGAACUCUGCACAGGAGGCGACUUAUUUGACCAUUUAAUUGAAAAACAAAGCCUGACUGAGCAAGAAGUUUCCAAUUUCAUCAGAAAAAUUAUUCUUGGAACAAAACAUUUGCAUAGUCUAAAAAUAUGCCAUCGCGAUUUAAAGCCAGAGAAUUUUAUGCUGACGGAUAAAAGCCCAAAUGCUGAACUGAAAAUUAUAGAUUUUGGAAUGUCAGCACAAUAUGGAGUAGGUGAAAUGAAGACUGUUGCUGGAACUCCUUAUUUUUUAGCUCCUGAGGUAUAUUCUAAAAAAUAUGGAAAAGAAUGUGAUUAUUGAUCUAUAGGAGUAAUCAUGUAUUUUUUGCUUUCUGGAAAAUAUCCUUUUGAAGGAAAAUCCCUGGCUGAUGUACUUAUCAAAACUCGAAAAGGUGAGUUCAAUUUUAUGGAUGUAAAAUGAAAUAAUAUUUCCGAUGAUGCAAAAGACUUAAUUUCAAGGCUGCUUGUAGUUGACCCAGAUAAAAGAAUAAAUCUUAAGCUAGCUUUAAAUCACAAAUGAUUCAGAUCAUCAAGUGGCCAAAGAGAAAAUUCUUUGUGUUUAGAUGUUUUGCACUCAAUUAUUAAUUAUAAAGCUCAGGGAAAGCUAUGAAAAGAAACAAUGAAAAUUUUUGCAAAGAUGUUGACAGAAGACCAAAUCAAAGACCUCCGUGAAGCUUUUUGCAGGAUAGACACUCAUAAGAAUGGUUUUAUUACUGCUGCUGACAUCAGAGAAGCAAUGAAAUCUCAGAACUAUCAAAUGGCUGCAGGGAAAUUUCAAAAAUUAAUAGAAAGCAUAGACUAUAUUGGUCAAGGCAAGCUAAACUAUGAACAGUUUAUUAUGGCGGCUUUAGAUAAAAAACAGUUCAUAAAUGAAGAAAAUAUGUGAAAUAUUUUCAAGCUUUUUGAUCAUGUAAGCUAUAUAUAGGACAAUGAUGGCAAUAUAAGAAUAAAUGAAUUAAAAAGAAUUCUAGGAGAAGCUGGGUGCUGUGUCUCUGAAUUAGAAUACGGUGAACUUAUAUAUGAAUUUAAAUUGAAAGCAGGAGAUGAAAUGAGCUUUGAAAAAUUCAAAGAAAUUAUGAUGUGUAAGAUAUAUACAGGCUUUUCUCCAGAAGCAACUCCAGAGCUUGGCCCUCCUUCUAGAGAAGAGGACGAAAGGAGAGAAAGGGUAGCAAUGAGAAGAUUGUCUCAAAAAAGAUUUAGUGUAAGAAGAUCAACUAAUGAUAUGCCAGAAAAUAGAAAACCAUCAGAGAGUGAAAUUAAUUAUUUGGAAUAA